CGGACUUCAUGAGGUGUUCAGUCAUGGAUCUGAGGUCGUUGUUCUUGCUGCUGUUGCUGGUUCCUUUUUUCGCUGAGGGCGCUUCAAAAGAUGGAGGCAAACCCAAGAAAGGCAAGAAAGGCAAAAAACCAGUCGUCUGUCCUUCUCAGUUGUCAGCCGAGGACCUCGAUCGAGUUCCUGCCAAUUCAACCAGUAACAUCCUCAACCGCCUGCUCGUGACUUAUGACUCCCGAAUCCGCCCCAACUUCAAAGGCAUUCCAGUGGAGGAUAAGGUGAACAUUUUCAUCAACAGCUUUGGCUCAAUUCAAGAGACCACAAUGGAUUACCGCCUGAACAUUUUCCUGCGGCAGCGCUGGAACGACCCGAGGUUGCGUUUGCCGACAGACUUCAAGUCAGACGCGCUGACGGUGGACCCCAAAAUGUUCCAGUGCCUGUGGAAGCCUGAUCUGUUCUUCGCCAACGAGAAGAACGCCAACUUCCACGACGUGACACAGGAGAACAUCCUGCUGUUCAUCUUCCGCAACGGGGACGUGCUCAUCAGCAUGAGGUUGUCGGUGACUCUAUCGUGUCCCCUGGAUCUCACCCUUUUCCCCAUGGACACACAACUUUGCAAGAUGCAGCUAGAGAGCUACGGCUACACCACGAAGGACCUGGUGUUCAUGUGGCAGUCUGGUGACCCAGUUCAGAUGGACGAGAUUGCUUUGCCGCAGUUUGAUGUCAAACAAGAGGACAUCGCUUACAGGAACUGCACCAAAUUCUACUCUGGAACAGGUUAUUACACGUGUGUGGAGGUGAUAUUCACUCUCAGGAGGCAGGUCGGCUUCUACCUGAUGGGCGUCUACGCUCCCACGCUCCUCAUCGUGGUCCUGUCAUGGCUGUCUUUCUGGAUUAACCCCGAUGCCAGCGCAGCCCGCGUUCCUUUAGGUAUUCUGUCUGUCCUGUCACUCACCAACGAAUGCACGUCUCUGGCGUCUGAACUGCCGAAAGUCUCCUACAUGAAGGCCAUCGAUAUCUGGAUGAUCGCCUGCCUGCUCUUCGGCUUCGCCUCUCUGGUGGAAUAUGCUGUGGUUCAGGUGAUGCUGAACAGCCCCAAGCAGAUAGAGGCGGAGAAGGUGAGGAUGGCGCAGAAGGAGAAGGAGAAAGAAAAAGAGGAGAAGGAGAAGGAAGCGAAGGCGACGUCCAAGGCCAACUCCAUCAACGGCACCGGAGGAACCCCGAUCCACGUUAACACGCUGCAGGUGGUUGAAACCCGCUGUAAGAAGGUGUGCACCUCCAAAUCGGACCUGCGCUCCAACGACUUCAGUAUCGUCGGUUCUCUGCCCCGCGACUUCGAGCUCUCCAACUUCGACUGCUACGGGAAGCCCAUCGAGUCCACGAACGCGCUGCUCAAAUCACAGAACAAGAACGCUAAGAAGCCGGCGCCGCCAAAACCCGUCAUCCCGUCCGCCGCCAAGCGCGUCGACCUGUACGCCCGUGCCCUCUUCCCGUUCUCCUUCCUCUUUUUCAACGUUAUCUACUGGUCCGUUUACCUGUGAGAGUGUGUGUGUGUGAGUGUGUGUGUGUGUGUGAUUUUGAGCAUGCAUGACUGCCAGGACAAGGUUUCCAGCAUGCACCAAGUAAUUGAGACUCCCAGUAUUUGCCAUUUCCACCUGAUACUGAAACUGAAGACUCAUACAUACAGGUAUGUAGGGAUUGUCGAUCUGGCAACAAUAUCUCAUCCAAAUUAGACUCGAGUCAUAUUGAUUUAUUAUUAUUUUUUGAUUACGAAAAACACGAUAAACGCUUCAAAAUCCCCCCAAAAACAUAGAAAAAUCUGCCGAGUCGGGAGCUGCUUGUUGGCAGUGGCAAGUGAUUCUACACUAAUGCGUAGUAAACAGGUAACAAUUUUUUUUACCUUGACAUAACGAGAGGGCCCCCGGUCACGAGCGUAAGACGGAGGAAGGAGGCGGGGCUUCCGGUUCAUAUCCAAGAGUCCAAAACGCCUGCGUGAAUCGAUCCAGAUUCAUACGUCGUGUAGCUCAUCUCUCGUUUUUAUUGAGGGGAAGGAAAAUCCUCUUUUGGUGAAUGUUUGAGUGAGAACUUGCUCACGUACUCGCAUACUUGUUACUCGUUACAUUUUCAUCACUCCUAUUCUAAACCCGUAAAGGUCGGUGGUAAUAAAAUAUAAUCAGAGUAACAUCACUGGAUAUCAGGCAGUGUAAUUACGUAUAAAUUAUUAUACAUAUAUAUAUAUAUAAAAUAACCUUCAUACAUGCAGAUGUUUUUAUUUUAUUACAGAGCACUGUAUUGUGAUGUCCAAAAUUAUUGGCACCCUCAAUAAAUACCCAAAAAAAGUGACCAAAAUGGAUAUUUAGUGUCGCUGAGGAUUGCUAACUAAUCAGAAACCCUUAAAUGUUGUGAAAUAGUACAAAUCAGAAGUUAGUUUUAUUUAUUUAUUUUCUACAAAAAAAAAAAAUAAAACAGUACAGAAAAUGAUUUAUCAAAGUACAUGAUGAAAAAUGUCUCAACCCUUUACUGCAUGAUGUUGCCAUACGGCAACAAUUAACAAAAAUCUUCAACUUUUUUCACAGGCAAUAAUAUAAAUUUUUUUUUUUUUGUAGGGAGCGUAUAGUCUGGAAAAUGCAGUAAUUGGAAUUGUACUAGUUUCGACUAUACGGUAUGAUACUUUCCACCAUUGCACAUUGUUGCCGUACGGCAACAAUUUACCAACUACCCUCCUCCGGACAUUUUUUAAUAUACAUUUAUUACGUGAGCUAAUUCAAGUGAUAAAAAUCCGUAAAAUUUAAAUUUUUUUUAAUGUAAAUGUGAUAAUUCGUGCAGUCGAGGGUUAAGAGAAUUUAACGUCCAGUCAGCUACAAAUGGUUGGUCGUACCAUGGUGAUAUAGAACCAAAAUACAUCCAGAAAAAUGUAUCAUGUUAUCAUAUCAGUCACUUCCAGGCGUCAAUGCUGGUCAUUUGUACCAUUAAGAAAACCCCCAAAUGAUUUGUUUACAUAUUACAGCCUCUUUUUUGAGUGCAUGACUUUGCAAAGUUGAAUAUUCCGAGUGGAAAGCCCAGACUCGUUAACCAGCUUCUCUACAUCGAGACCAUUUUACAUCUGUGUGUGUGUGUGUGUGUGUGUGGACCCUUUUUCAGCACCUGUGUACUGACCCGAAUUUAUUCGAAACAAUGCUACCCCAUAUACUAAAAUGCAGACUGGGCAUUUCCGUGGCUUAUUAUUAACUCGAGGUUUUCUCUGCUCAGCUGGUUAUGUUCUGCAUGUUCCCAGAAGACCGCGUGUUUUGUACGAGUGUGUGUAAAAUGGGGACGCUGUUAUAAUAAAGAGCUUCGUUCAUCACC